AUGGACACGUCACCAACCUCCCUUUUUGACGCUUAUGAACAGGACUUUAAGCAGCUCGUGCAGUCGAUAGAGGAGAGGCUCGGGGGUCUGAAUGAUGGGAUUAAGGGUGAGGAGCGAAAUUCUGUCAUACGAAGAGUCUCUCAGAUGGAUAUCGAACUGCAGAGUAUACCCCAGAAUGUGCGCUCAAAGUACCAUAUCCGCUUACAAGAGGCCAGAAACUCUCUCUUGAAACGGAAGAAGGGACUGGCAGAAGCAAAGGCUAGCGCUGCUCGUUCCGACCUUUUGGCGUCUAAACCUGGAUCAUACCCUUCCUCCGAUGACCCCUAUGCCUCUAGCAGUGACAGGUCAAGACUGCUCUCAGGCAUUUCCAUGUUGGAGAAUGGUUCAAAGAGACUGGAAGAAUCUCAGAGACUUGCCCUCGAAACGGAAAACCAGGGAGCAGAGAUCCUUACCAACCUUCGGCAACAGCGAGAACAGAUUGAGAAUUCGCGGGACACGCUUUACAGGGCGGACGCGGCCAUUGAUCGUGCUUCUACAACUCUCAAGGCGAUGGUUAGAAGAAUGUACCAGCAGAAGGCGAUCACAUUUGCUAUUAUCGGCGUCCUCAUUCUUCUUAUUGUUAUCAUCACCUGGGAAAAGCUGAGCUGA